UGCGUUUCAUUUUAGAUGAGUGCUGUUGUAUUGAGCUUUAUGCAUCAUGUCCGAGCCUUGCUUGCCUGCUGUGGGUGGAUGGUGGGCGGGGUUUUAAGCUCACGCUGUUGGGAGCAGAAAGCAACAGUACUCUGACUGAAAAACUCGGAGCUGCAGCAGGAUUUGUGUUUUGUGGCGCAGCUGCUGUCAUGGAGCCGCGGAAGAAAAGUCCCCGUUCCCUGUUCGUUACAAGUUGUGUUUUCCUGCUGUGUGUCGGCUCGCAGCGGGUUUCUGCGGGAGAUUGCCCUGCAGAUGGACGAACAUGGGUGCCCAACGGAGACAAGUGUUACCACUUUGUCCAUGGAGAAGAAGACUAUGUCAAGAGCUACACUUUUGAGAGAGCAAGGUCCCUCUGCCGAGGAUUUGAGCUUUUGACUAUCCAGAGUGCAGAAGACAAUGACUUUGUCAUUAAAUAUAGUCGUGAGGUGUGGAAAGGUGUUGUUGUCAUGUGGAUGGGAAUGUAUUAUGACACAAACAGUGAUACCAUGAGGUGGUUAAAUGAGAACCCAGUGACCUACACUAACUGGGAGAGCACAGGUCUGUCGGACCUGCUGCCAACAGAAACGUGUGUGGCUCUGCAAGGCAACACGGGAAAGUGGGAAAACGUCAGCUGCUCGGAUGACGUGGAAAACGGAGUGGUCUGUGAGGCGGCUCAGAAAGCGGAGACACCCAGGCAGCAACCCAACGCGCUGAUCUCCGCCUUAGUCAUUCUCAGCGUGGUGGCCAUCAUGGGAGUCUCUGCGGUUAUUUGGUUUUUGCACCAAAGGCACAAUCUUGGCUCCAGCGUCUUCACAGCGUUCGAGUACCACCCGCCGUUCCGAGUCCUGGAAAACGACCAGUCCUGCCUGGUGGAGGCUGAGGAGACCAACAGCGUACCAUAGGAGAACUCUCUAAUGUUUCCCACAACUCAAAUCAUCAGACCUUUCUCACUGGCUUGGUGUUUUCUGCACAAACGAGCCCAUUUUUGUGCUUCGUUAUUGACCAAUGAUGUUUUUGAUUGAUGGGGGGAAAGGAUGCCAAACUAACACCUUCACUAAUGCACAUUUCAUUACUGCUUUUAAGUAAUUUGUAAUGAUCAAACAUAUUGGUGUAUUUUCUACAUAGAUCUUUAAAUAUACCACCAUGAACACCUAGAAAGCCUAAAAAAUUAAAGGUAAAAACUCUGACUUAUAAUUACUUUUUUUUAAAGGGUGAAUGUGUUCUGAGCCAAUGUAAAGCAUCUGUUACAGGACUAUUGCACAGAUUUAGAGUUUCAGCACUACAUUAGAAAGUAAUUUUAUGCAGCAGAGAUAAAAAUGAAAUGGAAGUUAAAUGCGAUUUCCUGAAUCUAUAGGAGCACACAAUCAAACCUCAUUUUCUUGUUUAAAAUCAAAGAAGCCACUUUUUCUAAACCGUAUUUCUAGAUGUAUGAAUCAAUCCAAGAUAUAGAUUGCACAUGUACGUAUAUAGCUAAACGCUAACCCAGCUACAGCACGACUGAGUGGCUGUUUUCUGCAUUUAUAUGAUGAGUUUGAUUAGCUUUUAUUAUUCAAAGUAAAAUGAAACAAAAAAGAAAGCUUGCCCUGAAACAGUAGUUUAAAAUUUGUCUGCACGCUUUGCCACCAGUUAAAAAUUUUGAUCAUCGUUCCUCCUCUCAGGGGUUUGGACAAAAUAUUUAAGAUGGAAUAUUCAGAUUUUGGGUUUAAAUGGAGGUUUGGUGGUGGGUGUGUGAUCAGGAUGCCCAGUCAGUGAAAUCUGGACUUUGUUCCCGUUUAUUUUCUUUCAUAAGAAAUGUGUUGGCAAAGGAAAAUAGCAGAGCUCUUUGGGUCGUUUGGGGUGAAUGCUUCGUCUCUUCCAAACCUUUCAUUGGGACAAAGUUGUGAUCGUAGAUCCUGGAAACGUUUCAGAACGGUUGAUUUUUGAGGGUUGUAUUAAAAACACCUUCUCAAAAUUAAGCAUUUUUGUAUGCCAAAUGUUCAAAAUUAUAAUUUUUAUUACAAACUUGUCUUCUUGCUGCCCUGUGAAUUAAAAUUGUGAUUUAUUUUUUGGAACGUUGUAAAUAAAUCAAACUGAAUUAGC